AUGGCAGAUGGAGCAACAAGCCUUCCACCAGAGGACAUGCGUCGCGAGCUCCAGUCGCUUCAGAAGCUGGUGCUGGCAAUGCCGGCAGAGAAGACGCUUCAGAGCAGGGCCCGCUCCCUGGUCGACCGCUUGGAACAGCUCAGUGAGGGCAAGGCAAGCCAUGCAAGCCAAGCAAACCAAGGCUCAGUGAGGGAGGCCGCGCAGCGAUCCGUGGAGUCCCAAGAGCUAAUGCCAUCAGUGAAGCACGUGGCUUCUUUUCUGCAGAAGCCUGAAGAGGACGUCCGCCAACUGGCGGCCGAGGGGACGCUUUCUGAAGAGCUCUCCAAGUAUCCGGUGCUGGCAUGUGAUUCUGGAUCUGCAGUUUUUCUGCGAUCCUGGGGAGAACAGGACGAUGCGGCGGAGAACGAGCGUUGCCGCCUGGCCGUACUGGAGAUGACGGCAGCAGCGACGAACAUUCAGAUAAUCACAGAGCUCAUGGACAGGCACGUGGCGGCUGAUCAGGAGAACCUGAAUGCACUGGAGCAGCAAGUGGCCCACACCAGAGACGCCACACAGCAAGCUGUCAUCAACCUGGCAGAAGCUGCUGGCCAGAAGCAGUCGCAGUGGGUGUUGCCGUCCUUGACCCUGACGCUCGUGGGUGGCGUUGCCAUGCUGACGUGCCCGGUUGCAGCGGCAGCUUCCCGAGGUGUUUUUCUCCUGGGCAGCUCCAUGUUCUCCUACAGCACCCUUAGCAGCAUGCAGCAGGCGAUCAUCAACCAGCUGAAGGAGCAGCUGCCUCGUGCCUUUCAGCCGCUUCCAGAUCAGGAGGCGGCCAUGAUUCGCGCAGGCAGUGAGGAAGCAUGCAACAGGCUCCAGAGAAAGCUUGACGAGCCUGGAAGGUGGAAAGAGGAGUCUAUCUUCCAGCGCAUGAAGAAGACUGACCUCACUUCACUUCGACGCGAGGUGUGCCAGAGCUUCGAAGUCCGUUCGGCAAAGUCGGACGUGCGGGCAGAGGGCAAGGCUUAUGCUGUUUCCUUUACUGUGGCCAUGGCCCCUGACCAAGCCUUCCGACUGCUGCAGCGCUUCGUGGCGGCAGGAUCUAUUGAUCCUGGGUGCAAGGUGAUGUGGUCAAGGCCUGUAAAAGCUGAAGAGGGCCCGCUGCACUCCAUUCGCUACCUGGCCUUCACAGAUUGGUUCGUGGGCCGUGACUUCGUUUGCACUUGCUUCUGCGGCGAAGUGCCGCGAAAGGAUGUUAAGUGCUAUGCCAUGGCAAUGACAUCCCUUAGCGAUGACCUUCUCAAAGCCGAAGGCCUGCCGAAGACAACCCCAGGCUAUGGACAUGGGCGAGUCUACGUGAGCGGUGUGCGCUUCACUGCUACACCGCAGGGCGGGACGAAGGUCGAGGUAAUGGCUGACUUGGAUCCAAACGCGCCGUUUGUGUACUGGACUCGGCUCGUCGAUAAGAGGAUUAGGAACCAUGCUUGCGAUGUGGCUUGGCUGCUGCAAUGCGAGCUGGAUGCAGGCCCGGGACAGGCGGCCUGA